AUGACCAAGAAGGGGGUAGCGAAGAAGCGGCAAUCAAUCUCGGAGCUCAAGAUCAAUUCAGAAAUCACCAAAGUGAGAAAAGCUGGAAAUCGCCGAGGAGCGUGGAUGAUGCUUGUCUCCAGCAUCGCAGGAUCCGCCGUCUCCCUGGGGCCGGCCGCUCACUCUGAUUGGCCACGCAGGGUAUCUGCAUUGCUUGCGCCAUGGCUCUCCCCGCCGUUGGACUUUCCUUCUUCGCGUGUUCAAGAGGCGUAG